AUGUACCAGUUCGUGGACGAUCUGAACGAGCACCAGCGCGCGGCGGUGACCGCCUCUCCCAACGGCGUUGUUCUCGUGCUUGCUGGCCCCGGAACCGGCAAAACCAAGGUGAUCACCGCCAGAGUCGCGUAUUUGCUUCUGCACCACAAACUGCCUCCCCAGGACGUUGUGGUCGCUACGUUCACGAAAAAGGCGGCCAACGAGAUGGUCGAGCGUCUCGCCGUGCUUCUGCAGCCGUAUCCGGAGAUUGACGCCAAAAAACUGCUGAUCGGGACCUUCCACUCGAUCUGCGUCCGGAUCCUGCGCAAAUACGGCGGACUCGUCGGGCUGAACGCCGGUUUCAAGAUCGCAGACGAGACAGACGCCAAGCAGCUGAUCAAGAGGGCGCUCCGGGCGAUGGCACAGAGCGGAUUCGACGUUUCGCUCAAAGACUCGGACGUCAAAAAAUACAGAGCGUACAUUUCGGCUUGCAAAAAUAAAGCCCAGCUACCAGACCAGGUACCCGUUUCCAAGAAGGCGGGCGACCUCAGCACCAAGCUGGAGGUGUACACGCUGUACCAGGAAGAGCUCGCGCGCAAUAACGUGAUUGAUUUCGACGACUGCUUGCUGCUGGUGCACAAACUACUGGCACACCACCCGUCGUGUAUGGGCCGUGUGAAACACGUUCUGGUGGACGAGUUCCAGGACACCAACAAGGUGCAGCUGGAGCUGGUGUACCAGCUAUCAGGGUACAACGAAAACUACAAGCACAACGUGACUGCAGUCGGCGACCCUGACCAGAGCAUCUAUGCGUUCCGUAACGCUGAGGCGGAGAACUUCUACCGGAUGGAGGAUUACUACCGAGAUAAGGGCGUCGCUGUUCUGAAAGUCGCCCUCACACAGAACUACCGUUCCACCAGCAACAUUCUCACGCUUGCAGAGCACUUGAUGAACCAGCAGUUUGCGCGACGGGAGCAGAAGUAUUUGCACGCCCAUAAAAAAGACGACAUCCCCGUGCAGGUGUUUGCAUGCGCCACCAACAAGGCCGAGGCGAGCAAGAUCGCCGCCACGAUCAAGCAGGCGGUCAAGCCAAACGGCACGCAGUACUCGGACAUCGCCAUUUUGCUGCGGUCCGGGUUUCUAUCCCGUGUCAUCGAGCAGGAGCUGAUCCACGCAAACUUGCCGUACCAGGUGGUGCACGGGCGUUCUUUCUGGGAGCGGCGCGAAAUACGUCUAGUGAUGGAUUAUUUGCGUGCCGUGGCAUCCGACAUGGACUGGCUGGGGUAUAGUCGGUGUCUGGAUUUCCAGGUGAGCGGUCUGGGAGCAAAAAGUUUGCUGCUGAUUGAGGAGCAAUUUUCCGCGCAGCGGGCCCGCAGUCAGCCGGGCAACGUCUACGUGAUACUGGAGAACAUUGCGCGCGACGGUAUGAAGGGCAUCACGGCCAAGGCGCGCGCUGGGAUCGGCGAGUUUGUGGCGCUCAUCAAAAAAGCCCGCGAGCUGCUUCUCAGCGACGCGGACGAGCAGGAACAGCUGGAAAAGAUGUUUGACCAUAUUGUGCAGCACAGCCGUGUCGUGAGCGUUGUCAACGAGGAGCGCAUGGACAAGAAGGGCGACUCGCAGGAGGAGAUCGAGGCGACGCUCAACGAGCUGAAAAACCAACUUAUCGGCUUCAAUCUCCAGGAGGAAGACCUGUUACAGGACGCGUACGCCGAGGAGGACGAGCUGGAGGUGGCAGAGCAGUCGUUCGACCUCACAGCCAGCACGAGUCUCGAGAAACUGACGCAGUUCCUCGACUCGGUGUAUCUGUACGAGGAGACAAAGGGCGCCGAAAAAACGGUAUCCAAAGUGACCAUCACGACGGUGCACGGGUCCAAGGGGCUCGAAUGGCCGAUCGUGUUUGUUCCGUCGCUGUGCGAGGGCAUUUUCCCGUCGCAGCAUGCCACGAGCGACGUUGGAGACACCGCUAAAAACGAGGCUGCUCUCGACGAGGAGAGACGGUGCAUGUACGUUGCCGUGACGCGGGCCAAGGAACGGCUGUAUCUCAGCUAUUUCAGAGAAACGCUAGGGUUUGGGUUUGGCGACCCUAUCAAGAGAAAAAGCCGGUUCCUCAACCUCCCUAAGGGCCUCGUCCAGGUAGCCGAAACCGGCGUCGCCAGCACGCCAAACCUACUUUCGUCGUUCCAGCAAAACAUGAAGCUCAACAUGGGCCCGCUGGCGCUCGGCUCGGGCUUCCAGACGGCGUCCCGGCUCACCGGCGUGUCGCGACUGCCCGACGGAGCAGUCAAGAUCUCCAAGCCAAGAAAAAAACGGCUAGGCAUGGGAAGACCACUACGGCUCACGAAAAAAUAA